CACUUCAGCUUCCUCUUGAAGCUCCAAUAUAUAUAAAUAUAUCAAGCCCUCAAUCCAUCUUCCAAUCUUCUUUCCAUCAAAGCAACCAAAAUGAUGAGCAAUGGAGGCAGAUGCAGCUGGUGGAGUUCUGCUGAUGCAACAGAGUUGGGUGGUGAGGCUAAACCUCAUCCCCAAUCUUAUGACGAGUCCUCAGGCUCAGCUUCCGGCAGCUCCAUCACCUUCCAAGAACUCACCCCUCAUUCUUUCAUCGAUUCCUCCUCCAUCUCCUGGACUCAAGCCUUACUGAAUGGGACUGAAAGGCCUGAGACUUUUCUCUCCAUGUUGCAAGAUCAAGAGCUCGGUUCGAGAACCUGCACCGACAAGCAAGAUCAUGCAUUGGUUUCUGCCAUGGAUCAGGAUUUUUUGUUUCAGCAGUACGGUUUCAGCCACGGUGAUGAAUCCAUCAACCGCAGCAGUGUUAAUCCAAGUUCGUAUUGUUCAUGGCCCAAACCUCUUCUAAACCAAGAGGUGAACAACCAGUUGCAGUUCAUCACCGGCACCAGUACUGAUGCCAAUUCAAUCUUCCAUCCUCCUUCUCGAGCCUCCAAAACUACUGGUGGCAGAAAGAUGAGUUCAGUAACUCAUGACGCAUGCUCUUCUUCCUCCACCAAGAAAACAGGAGGUGAUCAGAAAAGGCCCCGGAUGGAGAUGGCUUCUUCCCCAUCACCGGCCUUUAAGGUCAGGAAAGAGAAGCUAGGGGACAGAGUCACUGCCCUUCAGCAACUAGUUUCACCUUUCGGAAAGACUGAUACCGCAUCAGUUCUCCAAGAAGCCAUUGAUUACAUCAAAUUCCUUCAUGACCAAAUUGGUGUUCUAAGUAGUCCCUACUUCAAAGAUGGGCUUUCAAGGAAUCAAAAACAGGUGCCAAACCUAAUGCAGAUGAUCAACAAUCCGUUGAGGGAGGACUACGAUGCCGCGAAGCAGUUAGGACUGAGAAGGCGAGGACUAUGCCUGGUCCCGAUAACCGUUUUGUGCCCAGUGACCGGGGAGACGGCCGGUGAUUUCUGGCACCCUACUGCAGCUUUGUUUGGAGGAAGCUUCAGAUAGAGCAUGCAAGAGCCAAAGUAGAAGAAACUGAUUAUUGAAUAAGCUAGCAUUAAUUAACCAUGUUUGAGACCUGAAAGAGCAGGAACAGAUGCUAAAUUGGCUGGAAAGUUGAGUGAUUGCUGAAUUUAGCAGAAAGGGGGAUGAGGAAGAAGGAAAUGGGUGGGUUUCUGUUCCUGUUCUUUGAAUUGAUGCAGUGUUUGGAGCGUAAGUGGAAGGCACAAGCCACUCAGCACUUCACCAUCAUCCUUCUUGAUUGAAAAUGCAAUUCAAUAAUGUGAAGAAGUCAUAAUUAAUCGAGUACAAUUUUUUCAUAAAUUUACUUAUUUAUUUGCUUUGA